AUGAGGGCAAACCUGGCCCGUCAUGGCAGGCGACUACUUGUCUGCCAGGCGAGGACGGCGCCAUCCUGCGCUGCAUUUGCGACUCCAGCUCGUCGACGGUCGAUUGCUCCGAGGCCAGUAUCCUAUGCCAAUUUCGAGCGCACGUUUUUCAGCGGCCUGUUCCAGAAGCCUCCGCGAGAGGUCAGGCAGCCUGAGUACGAGCCGGGAUGGCUGCAAAUCAUGGUCUGGAGGAGUCGCAUGCUGGACAACGUCAGACCGCCGCCGCGGAAGGAGUUGAUCGAGUCUUGGAAGAAGUUUAUGCAGUCGAAAUUGGCCACCCGCAUGCCUCUGAACAGCACACAGGCACUGCAAUGUCGCCGACUGCUGGAGUAUCUGGCAGUUGUGCCAACCAACGAGCCGGGCGCCAGAACGCUUACUCUUGCCGACCUAACGAUGGCGAGGCAAGUGCUACUUCAAACGGAGCCAAUCGAACGAACGCAACAUCACUUAGAUUUCGCCAAGGCACUGCAUUCAGCAUGGCUAUCGGGAGACUAUCCCAAGACUCCUAAUGCCGUGGAAUUACAAUGGGUCCACCUCAUCAAAGCCAUGUGUCUCUAUGGUGGAUCUCGCGAGGCCUUGCAAAUGCUGUAUGAGAAAUGGGAACAGCCAGAGUAUGCUGUUUACCUGAACCAAGAGAACCAAGUCCACCUAGUAGAAACCGUUGCUCAGGGUCUUGCAAGAGAGGGAUGUGAAACCGAGUUGGUGGAGUUGGUCGAAUAUGCUGAGAAUCACAGAGUACCAUACGAUGUGAAGAUCCAAGCCGUCAUGGUAGAAUUCUUUGCCGAGCGAGAUCGUGUCGCGGAGACAAAGCACUGGUUCAGCAAGCCUCUAUCGGGAGGCAUACCACGAGCGGCAACCUAUCGCACGGUGGCGGUCUUUGCCAUGCGCAACAACCUUCAAGAAUGGGCUACUUCUCUGUUCCGCGAACUUGGAGAAUCGCAGCCAAGGAGGAACCACUGGAAUGUGUUACUGGAGGGAAUACUCAUAACUGGAAAGAGUCUUGCCGAAGUAGACACUCGAGAUGCGGCACUAGGCGAUGACAUUCUUGCUCUCGCCGCAAAAAGAGGGCUGGCUCCGAAUGGAGAAACUCAUUUAAUAUUGCUCGGCCUACGACUUGGAACUAACAAUUUGGUGGAGGCACGAGAGGCAUACAAUCAAGUUAGGCAUAUGCAGCCCUGGACGAAUGAGACCAAGCCUCAUCUCUUUGCCGAAUUUCGCAAGAUGGUCAACGAGUACCUAGUCGCGCUGACAGCCCAGAAGCUGCCCGAUUUCAAGCUGAUUUCAUCUAUGCUGGAGGCCGUUGAGGAAGACCAAAUGAGGCUCGAGCCAGCCACAGUGGCAGCUCUCUGCUUGAGAUUUUUAGAGAACGACCAGCAUUUUGAUGUCAUGGAUAUCCUCUCCAUUCACUCCUUUUUAUACAGUGAAUCAGAGCGAGAGGUUAUCCAAAACGCAUUUGUCGCGUUCUGCCUCGAGCCCAGCACGAGCACGAACAGAGCAUGGGGCGCAUAUCAGCUUCUCCAUCAAUUCUUCCAAGACACCAGCUUCGAACGACGCGUGGAGCUGAUGAAUGCGUUUUUCCAAAGGAGACGCCCUGACAUGGCUUCACAUGUCUUUGGACACAUGCGCGCACACCGAAAUAAGUCCUAUCAUCCCACAAUGGACACUUACAUCACUUGCCUGGAGGGAAUUGCUCGAUAUCCCGACCACGAUGGGCUGGAAAUGGUGCACAACAUGCUAAAGAUGGACACCACGCUACAGCCAUCGACGAAAUUAUACACAGCUUUGAUGCUGGCAUACGCCGGCUGCGGUCAGCCCUUGAUAGCGCUAGACUACUGGGGCCAGAUCACUCAAUCUAGGGAAGGGCCCUCAUAUGCGACACUUGAGGCGAUGUUUUGGACACUGGAAAAGAAGACGGGUGGACAUAAGCAAGCCCGUGAGCUUUGGGAGAGGAUGGAGAGGAUGGAUUUGGAAAUACCGCAGAGCGUCUACAACGCCUACAUUGGCGCAAUUGCUGGCAGUGGGAAUGAAAAGGAGGUUCGAGGACUGAUCAUGAAGAUGGCGUCUGUCGUGGGGUCAGAGCCAAAUGCUAUGACCCUUGGUAUUGCAUAUAACGCUCUACCCGGACAGCCUCUUCAGCAAGGAUUCCAGGAAUGGGCCAAGGGGCGAUACCCCGAUGUUUGGGCAGAACUGAUGAAGGUGGGACGGCGCAUGGACGAGUACUCGCUAUGCCAAUUCAAAAUAGAACGGGUCAUGAAGGCCUAG